AUCAAAUUUUUCUAAAAACAUGAGUGAAGAACAAGUUUUAAUUGAAGGGGAUGGCUGCUACACAAUUCUUUAUAAAAGUUCAAUAAAAUUCAAUUCAAAAACGCCGAAUUUAAAGGUUGGAUCAUCAAUUGAAUACUUAUGGCCAGAAGACAGUGCUCAAAAAAAAUGUUUUACUGGUACCAUAAUAGCAAUCUCAUCUGAUGAAAACGAAUUGGCAAAAAUACGAGCCGAAAAAAAAAAUGCUGCAAGAAGAAGCAAGAAAAGAUCAAAUGAGAAGAAUGAAACAGCAGGUGAUGAAUCUUCAAGGAAGGUUAGGCACAUAUAUUAAUAAAAUAAAAAUAAAAAAACAAGUCAUUAAAAUUGUUAGUGAGUGUCUUUAAAAUUAUUUUUAUUUUGUUUUAAUAUAAAAUUUUUUAAUAAAAGUAUGAUACAAUUA